AUGGGACAAUUUGAUGUGAUUCUUGGCAUGGAUUGGUUGUCUAAGUACCAAGCCAUUGUAGAUUGCUCAUGCAAAAGGGUGACUCUUUUAACUCCAAGUGGAGAUUUCAUUGUAUAUCGGGCCAAUAUGAAUGCAGUAAGGCACAAUCCUAUCCUUAAGGCAUGUUUUGGUGGAAAAAGAAACUUAGAGUGUUAUGGGAGUCUGUUUGCAAUUAAGGAUGAGUCUAGGCCUCUAAACAAGUUUCCUUGGAUAUCAGUGGUUAGUGGCUUUCCAUAUAUGUUUCCUGAAGAUUUGCAAGGACUACCACCUGAUAGAGAGAUCGAGUUUUGCAUUGAUUUGAUUCUCGGGACUCAACCAGUUUCUACUACACCUUAUCGCAUGGCACUUGCAGAGUUAGCUGAAUUGAAAAAGAAAUUGGGUGAGCUAAUGGAUAAAGGUUACAUUAGAAACAGUACUUCUCCAUGGGGAGCUCCAACACCUGAGGACCAUGCAGAACAUUUAACUAUUGUGUUGCAAACUUUAAGGGACCAUCGAUUAUAUGCUAAGAAAGAGAAAUGUGACUUCUGGAUGACCGAGGUCAAAUUCUUAGGGCAUGUAAUAUCUCAAGAAGGCAUUACUGUGGAUCUUGCAAAGAUAGAUUCUAUCUUGCAGUGGGAAAGACCAAAGAACGUUACUGAGAUUCAAAGUUUUCUUAGUUGUGAAGAAGCUUUCAGAGAACUUAAGCAAAGAUUGACUACGACGCCUAUUCUCACUAUGCCUAAUAGUGAUGAGCCUUAUGUGGUAUUCACUGAUGCUUCUGGUAUUGGUUUAGGAGGAGUUCUCAUGCAAAAUGGCAAGGUUUUUGCCUAUGCUUCACGCCAAUUGAAGCCACAUGAGAAGAACUACCCUACACAUGACUUGGAACUUGUAGUAGUGAUUUUUUCCUUAAAAAUUUGGAGAUGUUACUUAUACGGGGCAAAGUUUGAAUUAUAUUCUGAUCAUAAGAGUUUAAAGUAUCUAUUUACUCAAAGAGACUUAAAUUUGAAGCAAAGAAGAUGGGUCGAGUACAUGGAAGAUUAUGAUUUCACUUUGCAGUAUCAUCCUGGAAAAGCAAAUGUGGUCGCUGAUGCAUUAAGUAGAAAACCUCAUGGCAUUUUGGCUUGUUUGGCUCUUGAGGAUUGGAAAAGAACGAUCACUGUGGGUGAUUCUGAAUUAGAGUACUAUGACGGAAAAGAUAUUGCUUGUGUUUCAAACGUAAUGGUUACACCAAUGCUACUUCAGCAAGUUAAGCAAUGUCAGUGGCAAGAUGAGAAAUUGAGACUUAUUUAG